CGCCAAAGUUGAAUGGUGGAGUCAGAGCGCGGCGGCGGGUGAAGGUACCGGUCACUGCGGGGGUGUGAGGGCGGCCGGAGCACCCGAGGCAACCGGACACCGUGUAUCCGCGUAAGAAGUAUUUGAAAAGACUUUUAAACCACCUGAAAUGGAGGGGGAAAGAGUUGCCUUUCCUAUUUGUAAAUUGGAUUAUAUUGUAAAUUACUGUCGCAAACACAUAUUAAGUGGGCCAGAAGCUAGCAACGUUAACAAAGCUGACAUUUCAAAGCCAGAGGUUGUGCAGUGCUUGUACAUGAGAACUCUGCAGUAUAUUUUCGAUGCACGGCCAGAUUGUUUCUGCAUGCUGCCUGGAGAUGAAAACGUGCCAUAUCCACAACUUUUUGAAAAUUCUAUCGCAACAUUGAACCUGUAUAUUUGCAUGCAUAAUUUGAUAUCCAUGUGCGCAAUCCCAAAUUUUACGAUGAAUGACCUCUGGAAUCCCAAAACAAAACGUGUCAUUAUGAUCCUGAGUGGUAUCAUCAGCUUUUUCCAAUUCAGAAGGAGAGCUCUGGAUAUCUAUCUGAACCAACAAAAAAGUUUUGCAAUGAAUCUGGGGAUGAUGCAGCAGAUGCUUACAUCAAAUGAAGAAAUGAAAUACAGAAUUCAAAGUCUUCAAACAAUACCACCUGACCAACAGGAAAAGAUUGAGGUGCUGUCUGCAAGCAUUGGAGAGUUGCAGCAAGUGAUAAACUGGGAGUAUCGUCACAAACAAACCUCUGUUCAAGAUGCAACGACACAACUGAAGGGUGAAAUUGCCGAACAAAACAAAAGGCUGAGCCAACUCAAAGUGGACAUGGUCAAUGCAAAGGAGAGACAAGCAAAGCUCAAACCCAUGAUUGUGGAAUGCCCAGAACAACAGAAGAGUGAAAUACUGGCAAUGAGUGAGGCAGUUGAAAAGAAGAAGGUUGCCUUGCAAAAGAAAAACGACAGGACAUUGGAACUUCAGGACAAGUUGGCAAAUUUUAGUGAUUUUCAGAAAAAAGAACUGGAAACUUACUGCAGUAUCAUGCAACAAUCCCAAGCUGGCUUUGACAAAAUAAGCAGUGAGAACACAGAGAUUUGGAAUGAAGAAAAUAAGCUGGAUAGGAAAAGAAUGGAACUUGAAAGCAUGCAGACAGAAGAGGCUCAACUGAAAAGGGUUCUCUGUUUGAAGUUAGAAAAGCAAGACAAGCUGCAGAUGCAGAUAUUUAAGAAGCGGGAAACUUGGGAGCAUAACCUUGAUUCAGUAGCGAGUGACUAUGAUCGAUUUAAGCUUCGAAGCCAGGAAAUGACUGAGCAAGUUGCUCAAUUAAAGAGUGAACGCCAACAUAUUCUGACAAAAAUUCAGCUGAUGCAGGAGAAGUGCGAGAAAGAAGUGUCUGAUUGUGAGAACCUCCUUUCCAAAUUGCUGACUGGUCUGGAGCAGUACCAUGAGCGCUUGGCCACUGUGACGCAGAAGAUGACACAUGAGAGGAGUGAACAAAUGGCGGAGCUGGAGAGGGCCAUGAAUGAACGAAUUUAAAAUCCCCCUUCACAUUUUUAUGUACAAAUUGCAUUAUUUAAAAAAAAAAUCUUUGACCUCUUCUGUUUAUUCUCCACAAGUGAAAAUGAUUCGAGCAGAUAUUUCAAAGCCGACGGAUUUGUCACUGUUGGACCUACUUUGUACAUAAUAUUAAAAAUAAGCCUUUUUAUCUAUCUGAAAUAAUGAUUUUCAAGUCUUUAUAUGCAUUUUAUACUCUGCGGCUUUUGAAAAAAAUGUAAAAUAAAUGAAAGCUUAAUGGGGAUUGCUACUGUUAAUAAACUAAUGCUUAUCGUGUU